AUGGCCUUCGCCCUCGUCUUCGUCUUGCUGCCGUCCAGCGCGAUCGCUGCGCCACUCUACGCACCCGCUGGCUAUGGCGGAGUCCCGCUGCACCUGUCGUCGAGGUCACUCAAGGACCCCGCGUGUGGCGGGCUCGUCAUUGUGGAGAUUCUGUACAACCCGCUCAAGGACACUGCCGCUCAAGAGUGGAUUAAAAUCAUCAACAUUGGUGACGAGACUGUCUCGCUCGCUGGCUGGGAGCUCACCACGGCCAACGGCGCGUCAACCAUCCCGUCAUCGUCAACACUGACUGUCAAGCCUCAGGCGUGCGUCAUCUUUGGCGGAUCGCAAAACCCGUCGCUGAACAACCAUGUGCUGGUCGACUGGGCGUGGAGUGCCGGUCUCUCGCUGGGCAACACCAAGGACACGGUCACGCUGUUCAACCCGUCCAAGACCAUGUGCAAUACGGUCGACUACUAUGCGGCUGGUCAUGGAUGGCCGGCGGUCGUUUCACACGCAUCGCUCGUCCUGACCGACAAGGCGAACCCAACUUUUGCCCUUACGAUCGGGUAA